AUGGCUACGCAAAAUCUUAAAACUGAUCACUGGGCUAAAAUGCGAAUGAAUAUGAUAAAAAGUGCUAUUAAUACAGAACAACGUGGACGUGUAGUUACUUGGGAAAAACAUCACCAAGGAGCUGCACAACAUGAAUUAGAAGCAGCUAUACGUGGUGCUCGUAGUGUACCACAAUAUAGAACAGGAAGAGUACAUAAUUUUCAAGAUGUUCUUCGACUUGAACUUAAUAGUUAUCUUCCUGGAACUGCAUAUUUUCUUAAACGAGGUGAUCCAAAUUUUAAAAUUCCUCAAGGAUAUCCAAACAAAAUGAUACGAUAUCGUCAUCCAUCAAUGACUAGUUCUCGAUAUACUCUAAUGACAUUACCAACUGAUCCUCAAAGUGAUCAAACAAGAAGUCGUGUGCCUGUUUUACAAUGUCGUGGAAAAAUUUAA